CAUUGUGGCAUUUCGCAGCCCACAUCAACCCCUUCACACGAACCAGAUCAGAAAAGCCACUACUGCUUUCUCUCUCUCUCUCUCACACACACACACAGACACAAAUAAAAAGAAAUCAGUAGUUCGAUUUCUCCUCUCACCUUUACACAUAUCUCCGUAUUUACAAAUUAGGUUGUUGAUGUAGGCUGUACGCACCUGCUGGUUUGCUACUCGAUCCUAUAUAUCGUCCAAUCCUAUCUGACCUCUCGACAUCUGGUCCUUGAUUACUCGUCCUUUUUGCUUGGUGCCUGUGUAUAUCGUCGCCCCGGCCGCUUGAGCUAGCUUCCUCUAGUGCUCGCUCUCGUCGUCGAUCGGUUGUUUGCAUAGCCCACGGCGAGCCGAAGCAAUGUCGUCGGCGCCCCUGCAGAUCGCGCCGGUGCCGGAGCAUGUGUGCUACGUGCACUGCAACUUCUGCAACACAAUUCUCGCGGUCAGUGUCCCGAGUCACAGCAUGCUGAACAUCGUCACAGUCCGUUGUGGGCACUGCACUAGCCUGCUGUCGGUGAACUUGAGAGGACUCAUCCAAUCACUUCCUGUCCAGAACCACCACUACUCCCAGCAGCAGGAGAAUUUCACCGUCCAAAAUAUGGGUUUUACUGAAAAUUACCCUGAGUACGCACCUUCGUACCGCAUGCCAACGACGCUGUCAGCGAAAGGUGAUCUGGAUCAUAUGCUGCACGUGCGCGGGUCAAAUGACUGUGGAUUUUUUGUGAUGAGUUACAUGAAGUCUUAUGAUCACAAUGCAGGUGUCAUAUCUUCUUUCAAUCAACUAGACAAUUCCCGAGACCUACGUGCUCAUGCCCUUCAUCAACUCACAUUCAAUCGCAUCAACAAGGUGUUGCCACUUCCAUUAGAUAUCCAGAGAUUUAUGUUUGCGCGCAAUUAGUGAAAUAUGUCAGAACUAAGCAAUGGUGUGGGCAAUGUACCGUACUGUGGUAUUUUGGCCAUUAUUGUCAGUUAACAAUUGUAGGAAGCUUCCUUAUAUGUGCUGUUUCAGAACAAUUGUCAUGCUACUUUGUCUUAGGGGUGUUACCCAGGUUCUUUCUGUGAACUUUAGUUGGCUGGAUACUUAUGGUUAUGUUGCGAAUAUGUGAACAUCAUAUGUUUUCACUUCUGUGUGCUUUAAAUAUGAUCUGUUUUUAUGUUC